AUGUUCAGAUUGAUUAGAAGAUCAUUUCCGAAUAAGCUGUUAAGUUUUACCUCGAAAUUGAGGAAUUCUAGAACUUAUAGUACUAGAUCUGGAUCUAAGGUCAGUGGAUUCAUAGGUGGAUCGGUUCUAUUAACCGUUGGUGUUGCAAUCGGAAGCUUUUAUGCACCAAAUUUGGAUAAUGCAGAUAAAUCAACCGUUCCCUUGGAAGAUGUUAAACCUUUGAAAUAUGCUGAUGAUAAAGCAUUUGCUCAAGCUGUGAAAGAGAUCAAAGCUAUUGUGGGGGAUCAUUUUUCAGAAAAUGAAGAUGAAAUCAAAUUGGUUUCCGAUAUUUAUUUCGGAACUCAUAGACCUCCAGAACCUUUAAAGAAUAAACCUGGAAUCAUUGUUUCUCCUAAAAAUACUGAAGAAGUAUCUGAAAUCUUGAAGAUUGCUCAUAAAUAUAGAGUACCAAUAGUUGCAAAUUCUGGUAUGACUUCAUUAGAAGGUCAUACUAUUCAUACCAGAGGUCCUAAUUCGAUUUCUAUUUCAUUCACAAGAAUGAAUGAGGUGUUAGAAUUUCAUCCUGAUGAUUUGGAUGCUGUAGUUCAAGCAGGUGUGGGUUGGCAAGAUUUAGAUGAAUAUUUAUUGAGUAGAGAAGAUGGUAAACAUUUAUCUUUUGGACCUGAUCCAGGUAUGGGGGCUACUAUUGGAGGAAUGACAAGUACAAGUGCCAGUGGUACUAAUGCUUAUAAAUAUGGUACUAUGAAAGAAAAUGUUAUUAAUAUAACUGUGGUAUUAGCUGAUGGAACUAUUCUUAAAACCAAACAACGUCCUAGAAAAUCAAGUGCUGGUUAUGAUUUAACUCAUUUAUUUAUCGGUCAAGAAGGUACUUUGGGUUUGAUCACUGAAAUUACUGUCAAAUUAAAUGUUCGUCCUAUUUAUGAAUAUGUAACUAUUUUAACAUUCCCUUCAGUAAAAGAUGCUACUCAAACUGCUUCAACCUUAGUUGCUAAAUCCGGAUUACACUUAAAUGCCAUUGAAAUUCUCGAUAAAACUACCAUGAGUUUUGUCAAUAGUCUGGGUAUCACUGAUGGUAAGGGUAAGACGAAGAAAUUCCUUGAAAAUCCAACAUUAUUCUUAAAAAUCGGAGGUGCUACCCAGGAGUCCAUUAAAGAACAAAAUAAGAUCGUGGAACUGAUUGCCAAACAAAAUAAUAUCGUCAAACAUGAGGUCAGUAGAAGUGAAGAAGACAAUGCUGUAUUAUGGAGUGCCAGAAGACAAGGAUUAUGGUCAACCAUUGAACACGGAACCAAAGUCUUAAAGGAUCCAAAUGAUGUUCAAAUAUGGACCACCGAUAUAGCCGUUCCGCUUUCCCAUUUACCCAACAUCAUUUCUGAAACCAACGACGAUUUGAAUAAUAAUGGAUUUGAGAACAAAUUUGCUCUUAUGGGUCAUAUUGGAGACGGGAACUGUCAUUUUUUGAUCUUGUAUAAUAAAGAAGAUUAUUCCAAGGCUCAAGUGUUAGUUGAUAGAAUGGUGGAUAGGGCAUUGAAGUUUGAAGGUACUUGUACUGGAGAACAUGGUGUGGGUAUUGGUAAAAGAAAAUUCUUAACCAAAGAAUUAGGACCUAACUCUGUUGAUUUGAUGAGGAAACUUAAAUUUGCUUUAGACCCUAGAGCUAUUUUAAACCCUGAUAAAGUCAUUAAACUUGAACCAGGUGAUAAGUUAGAUGAACUUCUUGAAGCAGGAUCAGUUCAUGAAACUCAUGCUCCAAAUUGUUGUCAUUAA